CCUGGUGCGCGUGCGCGGGAGCUUGUCGGCGGCGACCCUUGGCAUCGCUUCGCAGAUACCUGAAUAUUGGUUUUGUGUCUGAAACUCCUAGAACUGAUCUCCUACAUAAUUCGGCUGAAUCAUCACACUGCAUAUAUAUGAUACAUAAUUGCUUAACUCAAACCUGAGAAUUUGAAUCCUGAUAAGACAAAUUUGAACUACAGUGGGAAUUCUACCUAGGAAGAUGCAGCCUUUGAAUAAACUGAUGGCUAUCUGAAAACCUCAAAAUCUGACUCCUUCUGAACAAAAUGAGAUUCUGAGAGCAAAUAUGUUUUGGCAGCAGGAGAACACCCCAGUCAUGGAGACAUGUGAUUCUGAGACCUGUCGUCGAAAAUUUAGACAUUUCCAGUAUUUGGAAGGAUCUGGGCCUCAGGAAGCCCUGAGCCAACUUUGGGAACUCUGUCUUCAGUGGCUGAGACCAGAGAUUCAUACAAAGAAGCAGAUCCUAGAACUGUUGGUGCUAGAACAGUUCCUGACAAUUCUCCCUGAAGAGGUCAGAGUUUGGGUGAAUUUACAACAUCCAAAGAACACCAAAGAAGUGGUUACCCUCUUGGGGGAUGUGAUUGAAAUGCAUAAAGACAAAGGUAUGCCCUGCAAGGAUUCUGUCCUGCUCCAGAAGGGGUACAUUAAAGAGGAGGAAAUGGAAACUGACUCACCAACAGGCAAAUUGCAGGAACCCGUGACAUUCAAAGAUGUGGUUGUGGAGUUCAGCAAAGAAGAGUGGAGGCAACUGGAUCCUGCUGUAAAGAAUCUGUACAAGGAGGUGAUGCUGGAGAACUAUAGGAACCUGAAUUCACUGCAUAAAGAAUAUCAACCUUCCAAAGCAGCUGAGAUCUCCAAGUUGGAAAAUAAGAAAAAAGAAUGGAUGGAGCAAGAAAUCCCAAGAACAACUGAUUUUGCUAGAGAGACAAUUUCAGAAAAACAAGAUUCAUUUCCAAAGCUGAGAAUUUCUGGACAAGACUCACCUUAUCAAGUGGUUAUGACGAGACUGACAAAAAGUGAACACCCUUUUUUAGCAGCCUGGAAGAGUGAUGAUUGGUUUUAUAGGAACCAGAAACGCUGGGAUAUAGAUUUGCCACAAGGAGCUUUCAUUCAUAAGACAAAUUACACUAAUGAGGGAAACUUUGAAUGUAGUGAAAAUAAGAAAAGUUUUGAUGUUAACACAGUUAACUCGAUUUUUGACACUCAAGAGGAGAUUUGUAUGAGAAAGGAGUCCCCAGAGUGUGUUCAGUUUAAAACUCAUGUCAGAUUUAAUUUACAUUCAAAAGGUAAGAAACAUUCAGAUGAUACUGAACCUGCAAGUACUCUGAGCCUGAGUACAGAUAAGCAGCACCCAAAAAGUCACACCUCAAUGAAUUCCUUUGCAUGUUUUCAGUGUGGGAAAGCCUUCAGCCGGGGUUCAUCUCUUAUUCGACAUCAAAUCAUUCACACAGGAGAGAAACCCUACAAAUGCAGUGAAUGUGGGAGAUUCUUCAACCGACGUACAAACCUUACUAAACAUCAAAAUAUUCAUACUGAGGCAAACGCUUACAAAGGCAAUAAAAGUGAAGAAAUGCUCAGUACGAGUGAAGACAUUAAUAACAAUUCAAGACUGCAUUCUAGAGAUAGUCCCUAUGAAUGUAGUAACUGUGGGAAAUCAUUCAACCGGAGCUCCUCCCUUAUUCGACAUCAGAUGAUUCAUACAGGAGAGAAACCAUUCAAGUGUAAGGAAUGUGAGAAAGCCUUCAACCGGAGAUCAAACCUUAUGAAACACCAAAAACUUCAUUCUCGAGAAGUCCUGUAGCAACCAGAAAUGCAGGAUUACCUUCAGUCAGGUUGCAGGAGUUGUUUAACAUCCAUGAAUUUAUAUUGAAGAGAAUUCUAUGAAUAUGGUGAAUAUGAGAAAACACUUGUUAGUCUUUAGUUGAUAAGACACAAUUAAUAUUAGAGAAAAAUCUGUUGUUGGAUCAAAAUCUGUUGUUGGAUAAAAGUCUUUUCCAGACUUCCAAAUGAAGCCACGAGGGCCUGGAAUUAAGCAAUGGUUUGCGCCUAUCAACUAGUCUGAUAUUCGUUAUCUUUUCCUGUUUAAUAACUGGGACCUAGGUAUUCAUAUCUUCACUUGACACAUUGAUGAAGAUUAGGGAGCCAGACAAUACCCUUGGAGUUGAUAUUUAAUGAAAUUCAGAACUUCCAGUCCUUGUAAGAUCAUGAGAAACCAGUAUCUCAGUAAUAUCGGAGACAUUUCUAAGGACUGAACUCUAAAUUAAUGGCAGGAGGCAGUGACAUGAAAUUACUCCACUCCUGAUAAUACCCUUGGUUGUCCUUGUGUUGAGUGGGGGACUGGAAUUAGAAGAGGGAUUUCAACUGCAAUGGUAGGUGGAUGUGUUUAUAUGAAUAUUCCUGAAAAUGCAUUUUGGGAUCUAGGCUGAAAAGACAUUCAUAGUGUUAGGACUAUCAGUUAUCCCAAACAUCAGCAAGUCAAUAAAUUGCACUAUUAAUGAUGCAGUGGAACUGCCUCUUCUGUAUGCUACUUAAGAACUACAAAGGAUUCCUGAGUCAAGAAGCUUAUCUUGCCCAAAAUGUUCUUACUGGAGACAUUCCUAGUGAAUGAAGUUUUUUUGUCAAGGGUUUAUACCCUAUUCAAAAGUAGAAAAGGGAAACUGGAGUGAACCCUUAUGAUGAGUUAAUAAAUGUGAAAAAUUCUUGUGU